AAAAACUGUUUUUUUUAUUGUACGGUCACUUUUGGGAAACAAGGAUGUAUGUCUAUAGAACAUGAAAUCAUAUUCACAUGAGUUCCUGAAAGCUACUCACCGCUGAUGAAAUGGAACGUAUUUUUGUCAGAUCAGCUCUUUUCCCUCCCUUAUCCUUAAAAAAGCAUUUUGUAGUUAAACUGAGUCAGAAUGUACAAUCUUUUCCUUAGGAUGCACCUGUUUUGGUUUCCCGCUACAUCUCAGGUUUAGUUUACUGCCCUUUUGACAAAACCACAGAACUUAAGAAGUCUAAAACAUCCUGCUUCAAACACAUGCCAUUACAGAUCAGAGGUUACAUUAACAUAUUAGACAGUGUAAUGCCUGUUAAACGUCGUUUUGACUGAACUAAGAAUAAAACGUUGGUGCUAGUUCUUAAUUAGCACAUUUUGAUUGCCAGUUCUCUUUGAGAAUUGACUUGAAAUGAAGUAGAUUGGUAGGGAACGGAAGUCUAAAGUAUGUUGCACAAAUGUGACAUUGACUUGACAUUGACAUUUUUUUCUAAUUGAAUCUCUUUUAAAAAAAAUAAAACGUACAUUUUAAAAAUGCUUUAAAACUCAGCAAGGAUUAAUUUAUAUGUUACAAAUAAACAGUAACUGUUUUCUAUUCAAUAUAUUAUUAAAUGUAAUUUUCAGCAAGCAUUACUUCACUCUUCACUGUCACAUGAUCAACAGUUGUGUUGCUUUUUUUGUAAACAUUGAUGCAUCUUUCAGGAUUCUUUGACAAAUAAAAAUCUCAAGUGAACAGCAUUUAACGUUAAGUCUUUGUUGUCGCAUUUCAUUUUAUAUAUGUAUUGAAAAUGUUUUACUGUUUCUUAUGAGUCAUCAACUUAUAAGUCUGAGCGAUAGAGGGCAAGACUGAAAAACCACAAGUGCUGAGUAAGCAUGGGACUAAUGUGGGUGGUCCUCCACAAACCCAGUCAAACAACACACACACACACACACUCAGAGUUUCCCCACUGACCUCUAUUGCAGGGCUGAAUUCAUGCAGGUCUGACAGCAGUAACUGUGAACACGUGAGCUUCAGGCAGCUGUAGGGGGGCCAGCUGGCCAAAGUGAAACCGCAUGAUGGAUCCUCAGACCUACAGAGAGGCAUCUGGGAACUAUUAAGACAGUAAUGGUGUUUAAUGAACAGAACAUUAUUCAUUAAUAAAUGCAUCACAUGCAUUCUCAACAAAUACAUAAUUAUUAAUUAUAAAAACACACCGCAUGCAACACAGCGGGAAAUAUAGCUGACAAAGUACAUAGUCUGGAACAUGUGAUGACAUCCCAUACUGGUUUAAGGGAAAUUCAGCGGCUCUCCUGACACGAUUUACCUGUUUAUCACAAUAUGUUCAUCAUAUUUUCCUUAUAUUAAUCUGAUUAUUUAGUCAACUAUUGCUUGUCUUCGGAGUUUACAUUUUACAGCAGAUCAUACGGUGUCAUUCUUUGUUUUGCUCAAAUAUUUUUCAAAUACGAGUCAGCCCCGGUAUAAAGUUUUAAACUUGUUCAUUUAAAUUGUUGCUAGCCUAUUUUUUGAACAUAUGUAACCCUGAACCAAAAGAACAAACAAACAAAAACAUUAAUCUAAAAGCUGAAUAGGCUUUCCUUUGAUGCAUGGUUUGUUAGGAUAGUACAAUAUUUAAGAGGCACUAAAAAAAUCUGGAAUCUAAGGGUGCAAAACGUUCUUAGCAAUGCAUAUUAUUAAAAAUAAGUUUUAAUACAUUUACGGUAGGUAGGAAAUGUACAAAAAAUGAUUUUUGGCUUAAAUUUGAAAAAAGAUAUAAUUUUGACAGAUACAAUGUAUCGUCGGCUAUUUCUACAUCUAUGUCUUUUCUACUUAUUCCUAUCUGCUACAGGGGAACAUAUGAUGAAUAUUCUGUGGUUAUUAUAAUACACUACCAGAAUAGAUAAAAAAAUGUCUGCAAAUGUUUUACUUUUUUACUUCAGACCAUCAUUAAAGAGAAUGGAAUACAAUCCAAAGUAGAACACGAUGGAAUAGAAAACAAAAGUGAUGGAGUACGAGAGACAUCUAGCGGUCAAACGAGUGUUUGAGCUUCUGUUGAACUUACUAGCAUCGUUUGGUCUGUAAUAAACAGUCUUUCUAAAGAAAGCAGGUAGAUGAACUUCAGUUCAGAGCUGGCUCUAGAAGUCUACCGAAGUGUUCGUCUCUACGUGCCUGUCCGCUCAGGAUAAGCUUAGACAUGCUUAAAACAGCACCCAAUGUACCCAAACAUCAGAUGAAUAGUGUUUUUCCCCUAAAAAAAUUACUUUAUGUUGAUAACGUUUAAACGCCACUGCGACCCAAAUAAAUCACUGAAAAAUACGCCACCAAACUAACAUCUAGUCAGACAAACGCUUGUGAAACUGCAACUGUACGAUGAUCCAGAGUAAAGAAAGUUAAGAAGUCAUUGGUGCAUGGUUGCUGGUCAACCAGCUGGAAACGGCUAAGAACCAACGUUUAUUACGUAAAUAAAAUUAUGUAAAUAAUAUUACCGCGCUGUAAAAGCGCUUACAGGUAAACCAGCGCAUUUAGUUCUUCAGUCGGCAUUAUAUUCGUGGAUAAAAAUUCUCAGUUCCCUCAUCGAGAUGUCAGUCAGCGGCCAAUAGAUGGCAGUAUUGGCCUCUCUUAGACAGAGUGACAGGGUCUACGAAAUCAAAUGAAUAUGAUCUCAAAUCUAACCAUGUUCAUUUCCAGAGAAUAGUAUUAUUUUACCUUCAAGUAAUACAAAUAAAUAACUCUAAAGUGGCAAUUUAAGAGUUAAAAGGAAUCAUUAAAUCAUUACUUUCCUCGUCACCAAGCAGCUGUGUAUUAAAUUUCAAUAAAAAAAAUAAAUAAAAAUAAAUUGGGAAUGCAUGCAACACCAUCGAACUUGGUUCUUGAGGAAGUAAACUUGAAAUGCUGCUCAUUUGUCCGACAAACCACUCAUGUCUCCUACCAGGACAGAGAGAGACGCCAGUGCCUUUGACUGACAUUCUCAUCUGCCAAUCAAUUGAAUGGAUGUGUGGCGAACUUCCAAUCACAGCAGAGAAGGGGCGGGGCUUUCUCGGAAUAGCCUCUUCGCUAUUACGUCAUGCGCGAACAGCUGGUCCGUUGCAAGAGCUGAAAAUGUGGACAAGCGUAGCGAUAUAAAAAUCGCGUCCGUGCCGUCGGGGCGUAAACAGUCAGUUUAUCACGAUGUGGUGGCUGGAAGGGUUUAGGUCGGGGAUGGGCCGCCUGGAGAUCCUGUUGCUUGUUUACACCUUGCUCUGCUCUCUCGGAGAUUGCCUGUUUGUAACUGACUAUUUCACCCGGACGCCUCGCAAGCUCAACGCCUACCGCUCUUUUGCCAGCGUGGAGCUGUUCCACUUCAACGUGCCUGAAGACACCGUGGUGGCUGUUUGGAACCUCAUCACCUUCAAGGAGCAAGGGGGCACCUUCGGAGACAGCUGCCCAGACCGCAAUGUGACAGUGUACUUCAGGUCGGGAGCUCCACCUGUAAUCAACCCCCUCCAGACACGUUUUCCAAAGGACACCAUUGUACCAGGCUCCUUCGCUGUCACUUUGACAUGGACGCUGCCCAACCGCACCACAGGGGUUUUCAAUGUCACCAGCCCCCUCCCAGGAGACUGGUUCCUGGCUGCACACUUACCAAAGGAUGAGGGGAAGAUCUCUGUCAAGGGUCUUCACGAGGAAUGUCAGUACCUCUUUCAACCUCAGCUCAUUGUUCAGAGGCUCAUUGGGAUUUCGGUGCUGUAUCCUGGUUACUUCAUUGACCAGAUGAUUCCUCUUCACAAUAGAUCGGUACUCUACAAAGUGUUCCUCCCAAACUACAUCUCUCGAGUGAAGGUACAGCUUGUGGACUGCAAUACAAAGAACAAAAGGGAAAGCUGUCCGGUUUUGCUGAAGAUCCGUUCAAGGGCCCCACCUGUGCAUAACUCCAGCGCUGUGGACUGCAGAGAGAACAUUCCCUGUGAGCUGGAGGUCCCGCUGCCAUCCUGGGAGCAGUGGUACUAUAUUUUGGUGGAGCGUUACCUCAGUAGCUCAGACGUCUACUUUCGUAUUGGCAUUCAGGUUAAAGACUGUUCCAAGCCCAGUGUCUCCAAGGGCUCUUCAGCCAUGAACAUGCCCCAGUCAUUUGGCACUGCGAUGGGUUUUUCUCUAUCGGAGACCCUGCCUGCUGCCAGCCUGCCUAACGUGCCCCAGAAUGCUUCAGAUCAGGGAUCUCUGUUAACUGCUGAAGACAGCAUCACUUAUUUAGCACCCACGGCAGACACAAAUAAAUGCUGGCCUAUCCGGCCAACGCUACGGAAUGAACUGGACACCUUCUCGGUUCAUUUCUACAUCUUCUUUGGGCCCAACAUCUCCAUCCCCCCAGACCGGGCAGCGAUAUUUGCCAUCAACCUAAUGCCGGUGCUGGACAGCGGAGGCGUCCUCAACAUGGAGCUCAAACUCAAUGUGUCUUCAGUGAGAGGAGAGAAUAUUACGAUCUUUGGCUGCCUGAAUCAUGGGAUGCCACUCUCCCUUCACGACAACACAUCAGUCUCGUGUGAAUCUGAAUCAGUUUCAGGAUUUCAUCUCUCCAUCAACACCACUGCAAAUAUCACCAAGCUGAGGAUUCCCUACCCGCAAACGGGCACGUGGUACCUGAGCCUGCGAUCCAUGUGUGCCACAGAACACGGGUUCGAGAUGUGUACUAAUGUAACAGCUGAGGUGUACCUUCUCUCUUACCUGACCCCCUGCAUCAAUGACUGUGGCACCUAUGGCCAGUGCAAACUCCUGCGGACCAACAACUACCUGUAUGCUGCGUGCGAGUGUAAAGCAGGUUGGGAUGGCUGGGGUUGCACGGACAACACAGAGGCGUACUCAUACGGCUUCCAGCUGCUCUCAACUCUCCUUCUGUGCCUCAGCAACCUGAUGUUCGUCCCACCUGUGACCAUCGCCAUCCGCAGUCAUUACCUGCUGGAGGCAUCUGUCUAUAUUUUCACCAUGUUUUUUCCACUGUGAUUUUAUCAUGCCUGUGACCAGCCAGGCAUUGUGGUCUUCUGCAUCAUGGAGUAUGACGUGCUGCAGUUCUGUGACUUCCUCGGCUCGCUCAUGUCUGUAUGGGUCACUGUUAUCGCCAUGGCCAGACUCAAAUCCAUUAUCAAACAGGUGCUGUACUUGCUGGGGGCGAUGGCUCUGUCAAUGGCCUUACAGCUGGACCGCCAUGGCCUGUGGAACCUGCUGGGUCCCAGUCUUUUCGCUUUAGGCAUCAUGGCCAUCGCCUGGACGGUGCGCACCAUCCGCCGGCGCCGCUGUUACCCGCCGACCUGGAAGCGCUGGGUCUUUUUCCUGUUUCCCGGCACCACCAUUGCCACAUCAGCGGUGGCCUUAUACGCAUACGUGGAGACGGAGGAGAACUACUUCUACAUCCACAGCAUCUGGCACAUGCUCAUCGCCGGGAGCGUCGGCUUCCUUCUGCCGCCGCGUGCCAAACCUGACGUGAAAGUCACUCCCCUGAAGCGGCGGCGAGGCUGCGGCUACCAGCUCUGUGUGAACGAGCACGAGGAGAUGGGACUGGUGGACCCAGCGAUCAUUACCAUCAACAGCAUAUGCACCAGCUGAUGACGCUUAGCAACGCGGACUUUUAUUUGCCUUUCUUCUCCUUCCUUUGGAUUAUAAAAACACGGAAAACAAAGCCAGAGAACUUACUGAUGCACUGUAAAUAACUUUUGACCGAAACACACACAGACAUACACACGCUCUUGCAUACGCGUACACGUUUUUGUCAUCGUUAUUUGGAUUACUAUUAUCGUUAAUAAUAUGGUUUGCAUUGUUAGUAUCUGGGAAUGGUUUGUGUCAGUACAGCGAUGCACUGUUAUUAGUGCAUUAUUUAAACCGUCUGAGAUGAUUUUUCUGCUGCUAUUGACAGUGACUGUAAAAUUGAAAAAUGUGUCAUGUAAUUUAUUCAUUGUUUUCUGGCACUCAAAUGACCAAAUGUUUUAUUGUGUUUAGAGGAUGCAAAGGAAGAACACUACUUGGAUGUAUCAAGGGCACUGCUUUUUUUAGUUUUCUUUCUAAACAUCUUUUGCACUGAGACACAACAAAUGUGAUACUGUACAUUUUUUAAAUAUAAGUAUAGUUAUGAUCCAGUCACAAUGUGUACAUGUAUAGUAUAGUUGUUUUCAGUGGAAUGUCUGAUUGUACUUUGGAUUGCAUUGUAUUGCCUUUGCAGCAUAAUUGAUUGUCGAUUUAUAGAGGGUUUAGGAAAGUGUCCAUUGCCAAGACCAGGUUUUAAUAUGAAACCUCAGAUAAAUAACCUCAUAUUUCCUGUUGUAUUUACCUAGUGAGGAUCAGAGGGAGACAUUUUAAAGCAAAAGCAAAUGAUAAAGCAAAUAAAUGUUUUAUUUUUUCGGUAUCAAAUCAGAUUCUUUAUUUAGCUGGUAAUGUGUUACUUGAAAGUGACACACCAGACUUCUGUCAUGCUCUGAUAUUUUCAAAGAAAUGAGAAAGCGCAAACAAGGGUCUCUGGGAUUCAAAACCCAUUUUUUAAAUAAAUCAUUUUCUCCUGGCUUCGUAUCAUGACAUCAUCCUCUAUGUUUCAUUUCUUAUGAGGAUGUGUGUCCUUAAGUUCCUGGCUUAUGUGCUUUCAUAACACACAUCGGUUUUAAACAACAUGGAGCUUAAGGACAGGGGUUUUUUCAGACGGUAGUACAAUAUUUUCUUCUGUCAUAUCAGCCUUUGACUGGGGAUGAAUCACGUGUCGUGCUACUUGUUAAUGAAUAAUUAUCAUCGUUCUCCAAAAUGAAUAUUUGUUCAGUAACCCCACUUUAAAUUGAAAGAUUGAUUCUAUCGGAAAUUAAAUCAUUGUUAUUACUGUCCUAAUAUGUGACCCUGAACCACGAAAACUGUCAUAAGUGUUAAUUUUUCAAAAUUGAUAUGUACAUAUCAUCUAAAAGCUGAAUAAAUAAGCUUUUCGCUGAUGUAUCGUUUAUCAUAAUUGACCAAGAUACAACUAUUUGAAAAAGUAGAAUCUGAGGGUGCAAAAAAAAAAUCUAAAUAGACAAUCACGCUUCAGUUUUUCCAAAUGAAGUUCAAUGCAUAUUAAAAAUCAGAAAUUGAUUUGGCUAUUGCUACAAAUAUACCCCAGUGACUUAAGACUGGUUUUGUGGUUCAGGGUCACAUGUAUGCAAAGUUAAUGUAAAGAAAAAAAAAACAUUUAUGCCCAGUCAUGACAUCUGUUUGCUCAGAAACAAACUGCUCAAUUUUUCUGUGUACUUUAAAUUGCUUUUGCAUUAAUAAUCCAUAAA